AUACGUAUUAAAUAAAAAUAUUCAAUUUUGUGAAUGAUAAUACUGUAGAUUUUUGUGGGCCGGAUCAACGAAAAGCCCAAAUUACCAAAUUGGGCUUUUAAAAACCCACGAACGAUCUAAAAUCCAAUCUAAAGCUACCGAAAAGAAAGGCAAAGGAGAAUCCAACGAUCCUUCUCUCAAAUGCCGGUAACCAUUUCGAUAGCCUCCACCACCGUCGCCGUCAUUCUCCGCCGCCGGAGCUCCGCCUCGUUUCUCUCUACAGUUGCUUCCGUCAAGAAAACCAUGGCGUCGACGUCUUCCUCCGCAUCUGGUGGGGAGUUCACGACCAUAAAAGAAGUUGUAAACUUCGAGAAAGAGAUUAAGAAGAGCAAGUUCAUCGCCAUCGCAGGUCCCAUCUCCAACGAACAGUCCGCUCAAUCGUUCCUCUCCCAGGUUCGUGAUCCCCGCGCCACUCACAAUUGCUGGGCUUACAAGGUUGGCGAUCAGUAUCGUUCUAGCGACGAUGGUGAGCCAUCGGGUACCGCAGGAAAGCCGAUUCACUCUGCAAUUGUGUCAUCGGGAUUAGACAGAGUUAUGGUUGUUGUCAUUAGGUUCUUUGGAGGCAUAAAACUUGGCACUGGUGGUCUUGUUAGAGCAUAUGGUGGGGUUGCAUCAGAAUGCCUGAAAAAUGCUCCGACAUGCCUUGUGAAAUCUAAAGUUCGAAUGGGUGUCGAGGUGCCGUUUGAUCUUCUAGGCGUUCUAUACAAUCAGCUCCAAUCGUGUCAAGCUGAUGAAAUCAAGGAGGAUUAUGAUACUGGUAAAGAUGGUACUACCAUGGUUACCUUCAAAGUGGAUUUUGACCAGGUCGAUAAAUUAGAAGAUGCUAUCAAGUCCAAUUGUAGACGAGACUUUGUGUUUUACAAACAAUGACUAUAGUUGCCGAAGGAAUCCUUGCGUAAGUAACUUUUUCGUUUUCUAUUGGAAAUGUUACCAUUAAUCAUACAAAAGUUGAUUCAGAAACGAUACUAAAAAAAAAGUUAUUCCCCA